AACAGCACCUCUCACUCUCACGACGACUCCGCACUCCAACAGUAUGCAGGCCCCGAUGGGUUUCUAUCUAGAUUUCACUUGGUAAGACCGCUUAUAUCAAGCGUAUGCCGCGCGGAUUCGGUGAUAAGCCCAGCUACCGCAGGCGAAGAGUCUGAAAAGGGACCUCAGAACACGAAGAGCCAUCGCAGUCCCGUCCCUGCCGCAGACCAGGACUACAUUUUCGACGCGUAGGAGCAUCAAUGGUCGUGCCGUUCGUUCCUUUCGAGACUCGUCGGACUCAACAUAGCACAGACAAUUGUGUCGAUGCGCCAAAGCGACCUCAAUACCCAUCAUUGCCAAGAACACAAUACUACGCACCCGAACCUCUCGGCUUCUUCGCAGACCACAGACCUGACCUGACUUGGGCAGAGCAUGUCUCAAGCACCCAGGCCACAAAAGUACCCACCAUACUUCGCUGAAAUAAAGCAGCGUCUAGUCGAGGGACAUCAAGACGCAGUCUGCAAAUCCUGGCAUAGGCUAUUGUGCCGACUCCGCACUGAGGUCGACCUCCUGGCUAGAGAAGGCUCAAAUUCCAUACCUACAAUCAGCUUCAAUGAUAUCGCCAAUGAAUCUACUACACGACAAUUCGUCGCGGUGCUCAAGCAGCGUGGUGUGGGAGUGGUUAGGAAUGUGGUAGCCGGCGAGGCUCUCUCUACCUGGAUGAGGGAGACUGAGCAAUACUUCGUCCACAGCAUGAAUGAAGCCAUAGGAGCCUCCACGGUAUGCGGAUCGCAGCUACAGAACGUGUUUUGGUCGCCGGCCCAAACCCGAGCUCGAGUCAGCCCGGGCGUGUUGGUGGUGCAACAAGCCAUCAUGCGCGCCUGGACCAGCCCGAAGCCUCAGCCGCCGCUCACCACCAACUUCCCCGUUGUGUACGCCGACAGGCUGCACAGGGGAGAUGCCACAACUGCUACACUUCACCAGACCGCUCAUAUUGAUGGACCAAGCCUGGAACGCUGGGGGCAGCACUCUGACUCCCCUUACGCACACAUUUGGCGUGGCGACUGGGAACGAUAUGAUCCCUGGGAUCCUCAGAGCCGGCUGGCAGCAACAACUGAAUUACGCGGGUACGACACGGCCUGUAGCAUGUUUCGCAUGUUUCAGGGCUUGCUCUGCCUGGGUACGCCGUCAUCUGAGGCGGUCUUCUUCAGAUUCUGCCCCCUCUUGCAAGCCGCUACAGCCUACGUCCUGCUGCGACCGUUCUUCAGUCCCGUGGUCGCCACGCCCAGCAGCCCGGACUUCCUCUUUGCCGAGAACUGGAUUUUUGCGCCAGCAGCUUGUCCUGAACUACCAGGUGCCGGUCAGGCUGCACGGCAAGAAGUUGCCCAUGCACUACACCCGCACCUGCAGCUAUCACAGACUCUUAUUCAGCAUCCACCCCUGCGGCCGGGAGACUACUUAAUAUGGCACCCUGAUGCCAUCAUUGCGCCCCCCGAAGUUGCCUCGAAUGCAACCGCCAUGUUUUUGCCUGCCUGUCCGCUCACGCACAGUAAUGCCCUUUACCUGGCGCGCCAGCGAAAGACGUUCUUGCUGGGACACCGUGGACCCGACUUUGCAAAGCUGAACGGCAGAGACGAGAGAGCUCACAUGGGGCGGGCAGGAGUACAAGACGUGUGCGAUGCCGGGGGAGAGGCUGGACUUCGGGCAAUGGGCCUCAUGCCAUGGGACGAGGACGAUGUCGAGUCGGCGAUCGAAGCCGAGGUUGUGGACAUGGCCAACAAUGUGCUCUUCCCUGAUCGCCAUGAUUUCGACAUGAUGAACUGAACACAGUGAGAAGGAAUGAUGCUGUUAGUAGAUCGACCACGGUUGGCUAGGAAAAUGCGACUGGGUGGUUGAGCUUUGGCCAAAACCUGCCGAACACUUUGUUCGAGGGUGCUUGACUCUUGAUAUAUCAAAUUCUAUACAUUCCCAAGGAAGAAAAUCCCACUUUUGGUUGACC